ACGGGGUCCGGCUGCAGAGACAGACAGAGGCGGUGGUUCCCUCGCUAGAUAUCAGCUACUAACCAUGUCGACAGAACCCCAGGAUGCUCACCUCGCAGAGGUGAAACCUCUGGUAGAGAAAGAUGAGGCAAUCACUCGCCUUCUUCCGGAUUUUGAUGUUCAGGAGCAAGAUGUUGAGACUCUGCAUGGCUCUGUCCAUGUUACUAUGUAUGGGACUCCCAAAGGAAACAGGCCUGCCAUCCUAACAUACCAUGAUAUUGGACUGAAUCACAAAACUUGCUUCAACCCCCUCUUCAACUUUGAAGAUAUGCAGGAAAUAACACAACACUUCGCAGUCUGUCAUGUGGAUGCACCAGGGCAACAAGAUGGAGCAGCAUCUUUCCCAGCUGGAUACAUGUAUCCCUCCAUGGAUCAGCUGGCAGAAAUGCUCCCUGGGAUCCUAAAACAAUUUGGGCUGAAAAGUGUUAUUGGAAUGGGAACUGGAGCUGGUGCCUACAUCUUAACUAGGUUUGCUCUGAACAAUCCAGAAAUGGUGGAAGGACUAGUUCUCAUCAAUGUAAACCCUUGUGCUGAAGGAUGGAUGGACUGGGCAGCAACUAAGAUCUCAGGAUGGGCUCAUGCCCUUCCAGAUAUGGUCAUUUCACAUCUUUUUGGGAAGGAAGAGAUUCAUAACAACCAUGAUCUGAUCCAUACUUAUCGCCAACAUAUUGUCAACGAUAUGAAUCAAACCAAUCUUCAUCUCUUUGUCAACUCGUACAACAGUCGAAGAGAUCUUGAGAUUGAGCGUCCUAUUCCUGGAGCAAAUGUUGUUACUCUACAAUGCCCUUCACUGUUGGUGGUUGGUGACAGUUCUCCUGCUGUUGAUGCUGUGGUAGAGUGCAACUCUAAACUGGACCCAACAAAGACCACACUCCUAAAGAUGGCAGACUGUGGUGGUCUCCCUCAAGUUUCCCAGCCUGCAAAACUUGCAGAAGCUUUCAAAUAUUUUGUUCAGGGAAUGGGAUACAUGCCUUCAGCUAGUAUGACCAGGCUUAUGAGGUCCCGUACAGCAUCUGGUUCCAGCGUCACAUCUUUGGAGGGACAGAGGAGCAGAUCUCACACUGGGGAAGGAACACGAAGCAGGUCCCAUACCAGUGAGGGUGACAGGAACAGAUCCCAUACUGGUGAUGGGUCCAGGAACCGCGCUCACACAGACACACGCGUUGAGCUCACUCCUAACUCUGCAAGCAAUGCUGAACAACUUAGCCCCAAAUCCAUGGAAGUUUCCUGUUAA